AAUACCUCCAAUCGUCAAUUUGUUUUAUGCUGAUAGUCAUUUUCAACAAGGAAACUAGAAAAUUGACACUCUUGAGUUUGAUGAGGUCGAUCCAAAUUAAUAAACACUACAAUUAUUUAAUUUUUACAUUUACAUAAUCUAUUCACGCUGAUUCCAACCAUAAAUUAUUUAAUAUAUAUUUUCAUUCGCAUUUAUUUAGUUAAAUCCGCGCUGACCACCCAUCGGGGCCCCCGCCACUUGACUGCUUUUGCGCAAAUCCGCAGCGCCACGUGACUAAUUUUCACAUUUUCACUGACGCCACUUGAAGAGUUAAUUAAAUUUUUGACAACCGUAUUGUGAUCUAAAAAGCGCUACGAGUUUUAAAUAACUCCAUUCUCUGAACCUACUGCAUCUUAACGCAAGAUGAAUUUGAGAAGUCAGACUAGAGACUUAUUACUGUUUCCAGGUCCCAAUUUAUCGAAACCCGCCGAAAUCAAACCAGAGCAUUUGGACAAUUUGAAAAUCGAAGUACUGGGUAACGGUUCACUUUUGGAAGCGAAGUGGACCUCAUACAACUAUCAUAACGUAAAAGCUCUAGUCAAGAAUCCCCAUGUGGACUUCAGACGAAAAACUAUCGUAUACGCUCCUGGAUAUUUUGAACCAACUGCGAUACCUCUUGGAAGAAAUUUGAUGGUACUCUAUAAGAAAUUGGGAUAUAACGUACUUUUGUUAGAAUAUGUGGCUUUCACUUCGAAUAUAUACCCUGUAGUCGUCCGCUUAUCACGUCCUAUUGGCAACCACGUAGGUGAAAUGCUAGCCAAACUAACAACAGUCGGGCUAGACCCAAAAAAGCUGGAGUUGGUAGGUCUUAGCCUCGGUGGAGUGAUUAUGCCUUUUAUAGCUAGAGGAUUAUUUCAUCAGAUCACCGGAAGAAAGAUAUCUUCAAUCACCGCUCUUGGUCCUUCGGGACCUUGCGUCAGGCAUCUUGGACCAGACCAAAGACUGGAUCCUUCAGAUGCCGAUUUUGUUCUGCACAUCGCUACCAAUACUCCAAUAAUACUGGAGGAUAUGGCAUGACCACCCCGGUAGGACAUGUGACGGUUUAUGUCAAUGGAGGGGAGUACCAACCAGGUUUCCUUAAGUCUUUUCUUUGCGACGAUCUAUGCAGUCACUGGCGAUCGUUAUUAAUAUGGAUGUCGGCAUUGGAACAUCCCGGUUCCUUUAUAGCUAUGCAAUGUGAUUCUGUACAGCAAGCGAAAGACCAUCAUUGUUUUGAUAGAAAACCAAUGGUAAAAAACACUCUGGAUCUAUAUACGGAUAGAAGUAAACCGGGUAUUUAUUACUUGGCAACUAGUCAUAACUAUCCAUAUUAUUUGAGUAAGAAAGGCUUAAAAAGGGACGGCGCGGAAGUCUUGAACCAUAUAAGUUCGCUUAAUGCGGUUGACGUUCUGCGAGUUAAGUAAAAUACAAGAAACAAACUUGACGAGAAUAAAUUUUAUAACAAUUGUUGAUGUCACGUAUAAAAUAAAAUAGAAAAAAAUAGUUCUAGAAGACGAUGACUGACAUGAUUUUUCAUUCAUUUAUUUUUAAUUAGGAGUUUGAAAUUGGAAUGUUAUUUGACUGAUGCUUUCAACUCUGAUUUGUACGGUUCCGUAGCCAAAUGGCAAAAAACGGAACCCUUAUUGGAUUCGUCAUGUCCAUAUGUCUGUCCGUUUAUGUCACAGCCACUUUUUUCCGAAACUAUAAGAACUGUACUGUUGAAACUUGGUAAGUAGAUGUAUCCUGUGAAUCGCAUUAAGAAAACAAUAAAUUUUGGGGGUUCCCCAUACUUAGAACUGAAACUCAAUUUUUUUUUUAACAAACUCAUACGUGUGGGGUAUCUAUGGAUAGGUCUUCAAAAAUGAUAUUGAGGUUUCUAAUAUAUUUUUUUUCUAAACUGAAUAGUUUGCGCGAGAGACAUUUCCUAAAUGGUAAAAUAUGUCCCCCCCCCCCGUAACUUCUACAAUAACAGAAUGAUAAACCAAAAACAAAUAUAUGAUGUACAUUACCAUGCAAACUUGCACCGAAAAUUGGUUUGAAGGUUUCAACGAGAUCUAGUAAGUAGUUUUUUUUAAUACGUUAUAAAUGGUACGGAAACCUUCAUGGGCGAGUCCGACUCGCACUUGGCCGCUUUUUCUUUAAAAACAUUGUUUUGUAUUAAAUUAUUAUUAUACGUGCCUACUGGCGUUUUUAUAAUCAUACGCCAGCGGAAGAAUAUUGUUUUAUUUAUACUUGAAAUUUACUGUGAAAGGUUAAACGUCAAAAUCACCAACCUUAUUUACCUUAAGUUAGUGAAUAACAAGAUGGUUUUGACAUAUUUCAUUCUUCCUUAGCACAAAUAUUAUACAUAUUUGAUAUCCUUGAUUUUUUUUUCACUUACACAUUUUAAUUGAGAGAUAUUACGUAGCUAGUUUUACAUACUUUUUAUGUUAAAACAUGCAAAUCUAUCAAUCAAAA